GGAUGCUGAUGGCCUCACUAUUGCCAAUCUGGCCCGUGGGGCCGCCAGUGGGGUGAGCAUCCCUGCAUCCAUCCCUGUCCCAGGGGGAGCCCAGGGGGGAUCCACCUCUGCCACCCGGCUCCCUGCCGUGUCCUGCAGCCCAGCCCCCAGCCCCGGGGACAAGAAGGGGAUCAUGGGGCUGGGGGCAAGCGAUGCGUCCGCUGUUGGUGUGCGUGUGUCAUCCUCUAUGCUCCCAGCUCCAGGACAGCCGGCUGCUGCCCCAACCCCACCGCCGCUCCCCGCAGUCCCAGCAGUGCCCCUCUAUGGGUACGGAGCAAGAGAGAAUGACCACGAGUAUGUGCAAAGGAGAACGGACUUCAGUUCCCCACUGUUCAAGCCCGAGACCGGAUUCCCAUUUGGGAAAACGCUGCGUGAUUCUCUCUAUUUCACAGACAACGGGCAGAUCAUCUUCCCAGCCUCGGACAGCAGCAUCCUCACACUCCCCAACCCACCUGCCCGCGGAUUCACCGGCCUCGAGGACGUUCCCAUGAUCGCCGUGUUCUGGGACAACGCCGACUUCUCCAGAGGCACUGGCACCACCUUCUACCAGGAGUUCCUCACCCUGAACUCAGAGAAGCCACCAUUUGUCCGUGAUGUGGAAGGGAAGAUCCGGCGCUACCUGAGGUCCUCCUACUCCGCUGCCUGGACCCUGAAGAUCACCUGGGAGAAGGCACCUGCCUAUGGGGCACGGGGCGACAGCCACAGGACAAACACAUACCAGGCUGUCCUCACCACUGAUGGCUUCAGGUCCUAUGUCCUGAUCCUGUACCAGGAUGGAGGCAUGCAGUGGGACUACACCCAGCUGCCGGCCACCAACGCGCUGAUUGGCUACACCAGUGGGGAUGGGUAUUACCGCAAUGAUGACCUGACCCAAGGAUCUCCAGCUGCAAAAUACCGCCCUGACCGCUACAGGGGCUACAACACAGAUCUCCGCGGGCUGUGGCUGUACAAGCUGGAGAGCCGCGUGGGCAUCAACUACCGCCUGAAGUGCCUGGCGUGGACAUGGAGGCAGCAGGAACCACGGGCGUGGAGCCAGGACCUGCCCGCCUGCCCCUGCUCCCUGCAGCAAGGCCAGCAGGACCCACGCUUCAGGAGCAGCCGCGGAGGCUGGGGGUCCGCUCGUGUCUCCAUGCUGCACUCUGCUUCGCCCAACAUGCACGGUGCCGGUGUCCGCUGCCUGUAUGACAGCCGGGGGCAGCUGGUCGAGGGGCGGCAGGAGAGGUACUGGAGAGCAUCCCGGCAGGCAUCCCCAUACCGUGACCAGGAGCUGAAGCUGCAUGAUUGGUGCUGCAACCAAGCGGGGAGCGCCCGCCUCUGCGCCCGCUACAACGAGAAGAGACCACGGGUUGGAUGUGAUGGGUACCAGGCACCUGGUGCGGAAGAUUCCUCAGAAGACAGCGACUCUGAGGAGCAGACAGAUGAGGAAACGGAGUAACCUGGAGGUCGCAUACACACAGCAUACUCUGGGCCAUGGUUGAUCCUCCAAACCCUUCCCUCCCAUUUGUACCCGGCACUCCUGUGUGUCCCCCGUGUGUCCCCACUCCCCCAGCGAUGGGACGGGCACUGUGGCACUGUCACCAUGUCCCUCACCCCUGCUGCCCUGCCUGGGGAUGGCACUUUAGGGGAUUUUGGCCCCCAGCACCUGGGGCUUUGCACCUUGCAGAAGUUCAACCUUGGAAUCAUUGGAAACAAUGGAAGAAAAAUAAUACUGUGUGUGUGAGAACACCUGAAUGAUUCCAAAAGCACCAAAGUUCUUGUCACUUUGCAUUCCUUCAAUAAAGCAUCAGAGGGUCUGAGCAUCA